AUGAAAGAGGCCACACCUCAAGAAUAAUACUUUCCCUAAUGACUGAUUUACUCGAGGAAUUUGAUAGCAUAUUUGAAGUCUUUGGGAUUGAAAAAAUUUCUGAAUCAACAAAUACCAGAAAGAGACGAAAAAUCCACCCCGAGUACAUUUUAUUUGGAAAUAGUUCAACGAAAUUAGAUAUAAUUAUAGAACUUCGAAAACUAAAGGAUAUGUUGGGCAAUUUACGCGACGUAUUACAUUUUAAAAAAGAAGAUAUUGAGAGUAUUUUUACAGUUGGAAUACAAAUGGUGACAUUUAUAGUUCCUAAAACUCUCCCAGAGAUGAAUAACCUUCUAAUAGAUUUUAUUAAAGGUUUACUCGGACUUCGCCACACUUUAUUAUGGCUUGACAAUAAAUUAAUUCAAUUAACCAAACGAAAAUAUUCAACUCCAUCACCAGUAUCAUCACCUCCACCGGAAACAUCUAAAACACCUGAGGUUAAACGAGCCAAAAAUUAG